GCGACCGAGCGCCAACGCUACUUCGGCACUGCGCGUGCAUCCUCAACGUGUGCGCCGAUAUUAUACUUACAAUACUCUUCUGUCGUCCUUUGAGACAUACUUUGAGUGAGAUUCGUGAAUAAAAACAUCUGUGAACAUUAAAAAAAAAUAAUAAUAAUUACACGUACUUUUUUUUCACUUGUCAAAAAAGAGGGUAACGAGAAUGAGGACUCUGUUUUUUUAUACUUAGCGGUGUGUGGAUUAUAUUUGAAUACACGAUACAUAGGGUGUGGUGUACAUGUAUCCUUGGACCCUGUAAAUCGUGAGAGUGUCCUCGUCGUCGUAUUGUUGGUGGAAAAAAAAAAAGAGGAAUUUUGCAGCAGGGAGCACGCGAACGACGGCCUCCUUCUCUCGCGCGUUCUUCUUCUCCCCCAAGCACGUACAUAUAUAUAUAUAUAUACACGGCAGUGACGGGCCACCAACCAUCAGCGCGGAUCUGUGCGAAAGAAAGAAGUUCGCUGCACAAUGGCGGGUGACGACACAACGGAGAUCUGCGGCUUCACGGAUGCGAAGAUACCCCUGGGUAUGCGCAGCAAGAAGCGUUCGCUCGCGUCCUGGAAGGUCUGGCGGCGCCACUGGUGCCAAAUUCGCAAGCUCGGCGCGAACUUUGGCCUCGAGAUCCUGCUUGACCACGGGGUGGGCAGUAGGUUGAGCACGGACAGCAACGCGAGCAGCAGCGGCAGCAUCAGGAUACCCGCGGACGCGAUAGUCUGCCGGACCGAGUCGCGCUCCAAGCCCUACGCUUUUGGCAUAUUCCCGGCCAAGGAGCGCAAGCCCCUCAUAUAUCUGGCCGCGAGCUCGGAGAGCGAGACCCAGAGGUGGAUGGCCAACAUAAGACAGCUACUCAGGCCCCGCAGACACAGGUUCAUGGAGGGCACCUUCAACGUCUCCAUGGUCGACAAUGCCCACUCGAGAUCGGCUGGAUUGACCGGAUUGUACGGCGACAUGGUGGCUAGCCGAUCCGGGGUGUACGUCAAGGACGUGCACACGGGGGAGAUAGUCGAGACGUUCGAUUGGAAGGACACGGACUCGGUCCACUUGGCCUGCUCGGGCCGCGAGGAGGACGUCAAGCGCAUCUGCGUCGUCCACACGACCAAGGGGUUCCGCUGUGGCCUCGGCGAGCUGCACAUAUUCUGCCUGGACGCGCCCCUCCUCCUCUUGGACCUCAUCAGGCAGGGCAGGGGUCCACGACAGCACCGGGCCCACCUGACCCAGCGGCCCCUCAGUCUCAGCGAGGGCGACCUGAGGCUCGUCGCCCAACAACAACAUCAGCAACAACAGCAGCAGCAGCAACAACAUCAACGAGAGCACUCGUGCAAGGAGAGAAAAGGCCAGGGCAACACGCUCAGGAGGCAGCACACCUUCCAAACGAUCAAGCACAAAAUCACGAUAAACGUGAUCAACGUGGGCCUGGGUCUGCUGUCCUCCUCGAGAGCAGGCAGCGAGACAAAGCUCAUCAACGACGUCGAGAAAGACCGUAUCCUCGAUAAAAUGGAUGCGACGUACAACAAACGCGCGGUGGACAACGUCUACCACUCGAACCCAAAAUCGACGACGAGGCUGGAGCAGACGGUGUGCUCGAGCCUCGAGGAGUUGGAGGAGCCGUCGCUCAGGCGGGUCUCCAACAUAUCGGUCGCCUCGGGCAUCUACGAGGAGAUCCUCGACGACUUUGUGUCCACGAGGACGUUGCGCCGUGUGCCGUCGGAGCUCUACGAGGACCUCGGCGACAUCAUCCUCCACUCGAGCGAGAAGCUGGAGCCACCACCCCUUCCGCCGAGGCAACGCUGCGGCUCCGGGUCCACGAGGAACGGGAGCGUUAGCGGCGACGACGGUCUCGAUUCCGAAGGUGACACGCGCUCGGCCACGCCGAGCAUGCAGGACGAUUCGACCCCGACGCCCGAGGACUUGAAGAACCCGCCGUCCGAGUCCGAGGAUAGAAUGAUCGGCCAAAUCGACCAGUCCGAGUACGUGCAGAUGUCGCCUCGGCCCAGGGACAUCGCCGCCCGUGAACUCCAGCAGCAGGUCCAGCUCGAGAACAUGUACAUGGUCAUGCGGUAGAUUUAUGGCCCUUUUUCUUUUCUUCACCCCCCCCCCCCCCAUCAUUGGUGGCGCGUCUUGGGGUGAUACGCGGGGUCUUAGAUAGCCAAAUUAUGGGAUUACUUUACACGAUACAAUUAGUACAUAUUUUUACGGAAUAUAUAUAUAUACAUACACGUAUGUUUACGUAAAAAAAAUUAUGCUUCUGUGGAAGCGUCACCCACUCUGUAUACGCGUGAUUUGUUACUAUUAUUAUUAUUGUUAUUAUUACUUUUACAUCUGCCUCUCAAAAGCUUCGAGCACGUGUACAUAUAAUGUGGGCGGAAACUUGUGCUGCAGGAAAAACGAAAGCAUUUACUUAUUUGUGUCUUCCCGACGAGGGAAAAGGUUGUCCGAGUAGCGAUAAAUCAUUCAAAAGACUUUUACAGCACGCAAUGUGUGCGACAAGUACGUAUACCUAUACCAGAUUUUAUGGGGGUGUAAGAAGCCAACUUUUGGACAAACACUCGGUGCGUUAUUGCUUUGUAGAUAUUUUUUAAAAAUAAAGUCUACUUCGAUGAAAAAAAAAAUUAAAUAAAUAAAAAAAAAAAAAAUGAUUCGAUAUGUACUGAGCAAUUUUAGCGCGUAAAAAGAUGUAGGCCUCUACUGUACGUUGUGAUAAAUUAAAAAUUGCAGCAAUCGCUUGCUUUGGUACGUAAUAUAUAGUUCGUAUGUGUUAUACACAGUCUGAUGUCGAACAUUCCGAUUUUAGAUAAUUUUUUGAACUUCCAAGUUUCCAGACUACAAGGAAAAGUUUGGAUGAUGUUUCUAAGCUAUCGUAUAAUAAUGCGCUCAUUAUCAGUAUUCAUUAUGAUUAAUUGUAUAUACAUAUAGAAACAGAGUUCGAUUAUUCGAGACAUUACGGUUGCUUUUUAUUACAUGGUAAUUUUAUACUACUACGUUAAUUUUAAUUUUUUAAGUUUAAUUAAGUUUUGUACAUAGUUUAGUUGUAAUUGGAUUUAAAUAAUUUUUCAAGUCAUGCUUGAGUAUAAUAAUGAAAAUCUUGAUUACAGUAGCAAGAGAUUAUGUGUUGUGCAAAAAUUACGUGCUCAUUCUGAAUAAAUAAUGCCAUAUCAAUAAUAGUAAUAUAUACCCAUAAUCAAGGACUGCACAUACUACAUUGGUCAUUACGGACGUGAAAUCGUAGUUUAUUAAAUACUCGAGUAAUACGCUACGUUCGUAGUUCAGUGCUUUUUAAAAGUACUGUCAUUACUUGGCAUAGCAGUCCUGUUUACUCAAAAAUCAUUGAUAUAUAGAUGACAUAUACGAGAUACUGGAGGAUUCAGAGAUAUAGAGAUAUUUUACAAAAUAGUAUAAAAAAAGUAAUGACUUUCCAUUUUUCGAACGAGACACGUACAAAUUAUUGUGAUAAAAAUAAUGAAAAUUAAUCUCUAUUGUAUAUUAAGAUGAAAAAAAAGUUUUUUUUUUGAAGAAGCUAAAAGACUUUGGAGUAAGUAAAUAAAAAAAAAAUUAUAAAACUGUCCACUGCCUUUUGCUGUGUGCCUCAAAAUCUGUUUAUUGCGAAAAGCAAAGAAAUUUUUUUUUCUCGUUGUCAGCAAGCUUGUUAUGAAAAAAUAAAUUUCGUUGUAUUUCUGUUGCACAUAUGCGUAAUGUCGAUUAUUUGUAACAUUUUUAGAUAAAUGAUACGAGAAAAAUUAAAAAAUCGCAAAUGUUAUUGUUUAAAGUGUCGUUUAUGUUGCGCACUACUUGUUUAUAUGAUAAUUAACAAUUAUAUGUAAAGGUACACGAGAAAAAAAGACCAUUUGAAAAUUGACAAUUCAUACUUAACAAGUGUACCAUGUUUUUACGUCAACGAAAAAUGAUACUUCGUCGAGGCUUCGUUUGUAUUGUAUUAGAAUUAAAAAAUAUUUUGAGAAAAGUUUAUAGACACCAAUAUAUGAAAUUUCUUCUUAAGUCAAUGUAUUAUGAAAAAAAUGUGAUAAAUUGAAAUCAUUUUAAAAUUAAGACUGGUUGAGCAUAUCAGCUAUAACUUAAAAANAAAAAAAAAAAUCGAUGUAUUCUGCUUUCACAUUGAAUAGGCUGCUAACGUUAUCCUUUGUUACUUACUUUGAACGAAACUUAAUGAAAUUCAUUUCUGAGAAAUAAAAAAUUUUUAAUGCAA